AUGCAUGACCAUGUGUUUUUUGCAAAGAGGUCAGUAGCUGCUGCCGGGUCCCUGCACGGUCUGUCGGCUGUAGCAGCCUGUGCACUGAGAACCCUCCUGCAGUUGCCGCAUCGUCAGCCACUGAGUCUUCGCCGGGCUUCUGGGAACUCUUGGCGGCUGCUAUGCUGUGGAUACACUUGGGCUCUGCUGGAAGCUCUGGAACGUUGCUUUUCAGCGCAGUUUGUCUCCUCCAUGAGCAUCCCGCCGCCGGCUGUACCGGCAGCCCUGGAAAAGGGGACGCCCUCCGGGCCUCCUGAGCACAUUGCCUUGGCGGCAGGCUCGCCUGUAAAUGGGGCCAGUGGAGUCCAGGAAGCCCCCGCCGUCUUCCACGUCCAGACCUGUGUUGCCUCAGUCCCCUGCCCAGUGACGACCAUGGGGCGUGUAGCAGUUGCUAUGAACCCUGCGAGCAGGAAAGUUCCUUUCAGCCUGGUGCCUUCAGUCUCCCAGCAGCCCGGAGUGCUCUCUGCUCCCGGAGGGACUCUGGUGGCCAAAGCAGCGCCCGUCGUUCCUGUCCAGGAACUCUCCAAACCUUCCAGUGUGGCUACUACGCUGGUAUCCUCAGCUGGAGCAAAAGCCCCGCCAACGACGACAGUGCAGUUACCUGCAAACUUUCAGUUUCCACAAGGAACAGUUCUUCUGAGAAGUAACACUGGCCAGCUGAUGCUGGUGUCUCAACAAGCACCUGUGCAAGCCCAAGGCCAGGCCCCAAAUAAUACAAGUCUAAGGCAGUCGUUGCCUGCAAAUGCACCUAUAGUCAAAAUAAGGACUGUACAGAAUCCUGGAACGCAGGUACUUAAAGUACUAGCAGCUCCUGUGAAAACAGUGCCUCGGACAACUCCUCUUACGUCAACUGUUAAAAAACCUGCUGGAAUUGAGUCAUCACCAGCAUCCGGAAGCAGUACUGCUACUGUUAGUGCUGUGAAGACUUUUGCUGGACCACAGACAAAAUCUGCUUCUGACCGUCCUGCGUUCUCUGUCCCUCAGAAACCAGCUCCUGACAAAGAAGGCUCAAUAGUGACACAGACAAGCACUUCUGCAGUGACCGAGGCACCUGAACAAGGGCCUCUGAAGAUGACCAUGAAGGAUGGAUACGUUUAUAUGGAAGAAAUGCUGGAGAAUGUGAAGAAGUGCAAAAACUUCUUAGCAACAUUAAUUAAAUUGGCAUCAAGUGGACCGCAAGCUCCUGAAAUGCGGCAGAAUGUGAAGAACUUGGUACAAGGUCUCUUGGAAGGUAAAAUUGAGCCUGAAGAAUUUACCAAAAACCUGUACAUUGAGCUAAAGUCUUCUCCACAACCAUGUCUUGUCCCCUUUCUCAAGAAAAGCAUGCUUGCUUUGCGGCAGUUAAUGCCAAACACACAGAGCUUCAUACAACAAUGUCUUCAGCAGUCUUCAACCCAAACUGCUGUUUCGGCUUGUGGUACAGUGGCUGUCACCACUCCUUCCAUGGUUGCUCCUGGCACUCCUUUGAACACAGCAUCUCUUCAGUCUGCUAGACCAGCCCCUAGGACUCCAGUGGGGAUACCUUCUCCUCGGAUCUCAAACUCCGUCCCCUGUACACCACUGGUGACAAGAGGAUCUGGUUCCUUUCAGUUUGUACAUCCAAUGCAAACCUCAUCAGGGGUACUCCAGGCGGCAAAUCCUGUCCCACCCUCUCCAUUGACCACAGGAAUAGUUACUAAGACUGUACAUCUGCCCCAUUCCAUAGCAAUGGCAACAGGAACCACUUCCCUUCAAGCCAUAAAACCAGUUCUUGCCUCCACAGUAUCAUCCCCAGCCCUUCCUGCUCUCAAUGCUGUAAAAUCAGUCUUGUCUUCUGCUGCUGCAGUAACAACUUCUCUCCAGGUGGUCAAGCAAGCUUUGACUACUGCUGUAGUGACAUCUACUACAGCAGUAACUACAUCGCUUCAGUCUGUGAUACCAAUCACUGGGACACCAAUCACUAUCAGACUUGCCCACCCCAAUUCUGUCCACUCCCAGUCCGCUCGAAAUUCACAAGCUAUAAAAGUGAAGCAGCUGAUACUCCAGCAGCCAUCGGGAAGUGCUGUGAAAAAAGUGACCACGUUCCAACAAACGUCAACAGUCCCUGUUUCAAACAGAUCAGGUGAAAAAAUGUCUUUAAAUGCAUUGAUCCAGGCAAACCAGCUUCCUGCAGGAUCCAUUGUGAAACAAAUUACCCUGCCAGGAAACCAAAUUCUGUCGCUUCAAGCAUCUCCUGUUCAGAGAAACAAAAUAAAAGAGAAUGGAACAACAUCCUUCAGGGAUGAAGAUGAUAUCAAUGAUGUGACUUUUAUGGCUGGGGUCAACUUGAGUGAGGAGAGCGCAUGUAUAUUAGCAACAAAUUCUGAUGCUGUUGGCACACUUAUCCAGUCUUGCCCAGAGGAGCAACUUCUUUCUGCAGAUGUGCUGAAAAUGAAAGUCUUAGAAACAGGUAAAAGGCAUGACAUUAUGGAAGUGAAUUCGGAUGUUCUGAGCUUGAUCUCCCAUGCUACACAGGAGAGGUUACGAGGGCUUCUGGAGAAAUUGGCUAUAAUUGCUCAGCAUCGUAUGAUGACCUAUAAGGACAACAACAAGUAUGCAAUGUCUGGUGACACUCGGACUCAGCUGAGGUUUCUUGAAAAACUAGAUCACAUGGAGAAGGAGAGAAAGGAUGAAGAACAACGGGAAAUGUUGCUUCGAGCAGCCAAGAGCCGUUCCAAUAAAGAAGAUCCAGAACAGCUGCGAUUGAAGCAGAAAGCAAAGGAGAUGCAGGAAUUAGAACUGGCACAAAUGCAAAAAAGGGAGGCUAAUCUCGCAGCUCUGGCAGCCAUUGGGCCAAGAAAAAAGAGACCAUUGGAUUCAUCUAGUCCUACAUCUGGAGUUGAGGGCUUGAGAAGGUCACCCAACUGUGCAAGACCGUAUCUUCGUCCAAGGAUAACACGCAUCUGUCUCAGGGAUUUGAUUUUUUGUAUGGAGCAAGAAAAGAUGAUGAAGCAUUCUCUAGCCUUGUAUCAAGCUCUUCUUAAGUAA